AUGUCUUGGCAGCCUCCGGACGCGGCGGCGGCGGCGACGGCGGUGGGAGGUGUCGCAGGAGUAAGCGAGGCCGCGGCGAAGCAGAGCGAGGUGCUCGAGGCGACGCUGAAGCAGGAAGCAGAGGCGGCGGCGGCAAAGAAGGCUCUCGAGGAGCAUGCCGCGGAGGUGCCGAGGGCGGAGGUGGCGGCGGCUGCGAAGGAGGCGGAGGCGGUCAACCACGUGGCGCUGGCGGCGGAGGCGGAGCAGGCUGCGGCCGAGGCCGCCGCGGCAGAGGCGGCGAGGGUAGCGGCGGAGGAGGCCGCCGCGGCAGAGGCGGCGAGGGUGGCUGAGGAGGCUGAGGCGGCAGAGGCAGCGGCGGAGAAGAUUCGCCUCGAGAAGACGGCGGCGCAAGCGGCUCGCGCGGAGAAGGUUCGGAUCGAGGCGGAGAAGGCGGCGGAGGAGCAGGCGGAGGCGGCGAGGCUCAAGGCGGCGCGUGCUGCAAAGAAGGAGGCGACGGAGGGGCGGAGGAUCGAGGAGAAGGAGAAGCGAGAGGAGGAGGCCGCCGCCCGCGCCCGCGCC